AUGGCCACUUCCAUGGCGAAGUCUAAAUUCCUGAACAACCAGGAGAACCUAGGCAUCGUCGCUGUAGGCUUCUCUGGGGGCCAGUGCAAGCCAGGUGUCGAUGCCGCCCCCUCAGCCUUGAUCGAGUCAGGCCUCCUAACCCAGCUGCGCGAUGAGCUCGGCUAUAAGUUACACGGCGAUGACACGGUUCACCUCUAUUCAGAUCUCGUACCGGAGUCUGACCCGGAUUACCGUGGCAUGAAAAACCCACGCGCUGUCUCUGAAGUCACACGCCGUAUCGCCGACCAGGUCUACGAGCAUUCCCGCCAAGGCCGAUUGACUCUAACCCUCGGUGGCGACCAUAGCAUCGCUAUAGGCACCGUGGGCGGUACUGCUAAGGCUACCCGCGAGCGCCUGGGCCGUGAGAUCGCCGUCAUCUGGGUCGACGCCCAUGCUGACAUCAACACCCCCGAAUCCAGCGACAGUGGCAAUAUACAUGGCAUGCCCGUCGCUUUUUUGACCGGGAUAGCUGAGGACAAAAACGACGACUAUUUUGGCUGGCUAAGGCCAGAGAACCGCAUUAAUGUCAGCAAGUUGGUGUAUAUCGGCUUGCGCGAUGUUGAUGCUCCUGAGAAACGCAUCCUGCGGGAACACAGCAUCCGCGCCUUCAGCAUGUUCGAUAUUGACCGUUACGGCAUCGGCCGCGUCAUGGAGAUGGCCCUCGCUCAUAUUGGCGCGGACACGCCCAUUCAUCUCUCGUUUGACGUCGAUGCUCUCGACCCAAUGUGGGCACCGUCGACUGGUACGCCUGUGCGCGGUGGCCUUACGUUACGCGAGGGUGACUACAUUUGCGAAUGCAUACACGAGACUGGCAGCCUUAUUGCCGUCGAUCUCGUGGAGGUCAACCCCAGCUUAGCGCCAGAUGUCGACCUAGGUGCACAUGAAACUGUUCGUGCGGGCUGCUCUAUUGUGCGAUGUGCUCUCGGUGAGAGCUUGUUGUAA